UCAAUUUAAUUGAUUGGAUUACGAUUUAAUAGUAAAUCAUCAGCAACUCUUAAUUAUUGAAUUCAGUUUCAUCAGUUUAUUCAUUUUAUUUUUUAUAGAUUGAUUCAGUGAGUUUCUCAAGAGGCAACAUGUCUUCUAAAGCGAGGACACAAAACAAAAUCAACAAAACCCUAAAUGAGUUGCUGGGAAAGAUCGAGAAACCGUCCACUCUCGACAAAGUGGCGUUCUUCGAGGCGGAAGACGAAAACGACCAGCCAAGAACCGCCAGCACCCAGCUUGAAAAGGUAACAUUUUCCGUCACCAGACAUCCCAAAAUCAAAGAAUCCAACCUCUACUCAAACGGAGCUGGUAGACAGAUAGUCGUGACAGCCAACAAGAAACAACCGUUCAUGGUUUCUGAGGACGAACGAGACCGUACCCCGAAGAGGUUGUUGAAGAGUGAUAAUCUAUACUAUUGUCCUGUGAUGGAUAUCUCGGAGUUCGGUCAGAAACGGUUUCCAGUGUCGGACCAGCCAAAAGCUGGGAUCUUCGACAAGGAUCUGAUAGACACUGUGAACCGGCUGAAACGAGCCAGUGUGGAGAGUGAGUGCAUGUCUUUCUCGCAGUUAGACUAUAAUUUAAGUGCGGCUAGUUCCUCUAGGGAGUCAAUCCCCUCCAUCGAUAGAGCGCCUUCCCUGUACCAUGUGCAUCUGAGCGACGAGGAGCUGGAUAGGAGGAUGAUACCCGAUGAUGAGAGGUUGGUUUUGAGGCUGGAAGAAACCCCGACCAUCCAGCUGUUCUCGAUCAGGUCGACUGCGGCCGAUGUUGAUACGAUGGAGGGGGCAAGGAUUAAUGACGCUAACGAGAAGUAUUUGAGUGACAACACCCGUAUCAAGAAGAAUAACGACUCCUUCUCCCAGACCACUUUGGGUUCGAAUAAGGUGUGCACCGUCAGCACAAGCCACCCGAGACCUCUAACCGCCAACAAGGCGACAUUUUCAUCGGUCUGGGACUACAUGGACAUGGUGAAGACUAUACGCAAUCGAGUCAUCAAGAGAACGAAAGUCACCAAAAUGAAGGUGACAGGCAAAGUGGAUAAAGUCGAGUAUGAAACUCCCGAGAUCAUAGUUGAGCCAAUCAGGUUACAGAAUUUCGUGCUGACUGAUCCGCGUCGAUUCUACUUGAAAGCGAUGAUGAUCGAGCAUCUGCUGACCGGAAACAAUGCUCAGAGUCGGCAGGAGAUGUUCAAAACGUUCCGUGCCGAAGACGAGGACAGUGUGUACAGUUUCAAGCACUUGUGGACCUACAGAACCGCCGAAACUCGAUCGAAAUCUGUGGCGAGUUUGUCGUGGAACUUGUAUGACCCCAACAUGCUGGCAGUCGGGUAUACGGGUGGCGACAAGUUCUCCAACACGCAUGACAGUUUGGUGUGUGUUUGGAAUGUGAAGAACCUGGUGCAUCCUGAACGAGAGUACACGUUCGAGCUGCGUCUGCGCAGUGUUAGGUUCAGCAUAAAACACCCCAACAUACUGGCCGUUGCGUUUGAGACCGGCGUCAUCAAACUGGUGGACAUCUGUACGAGGGAGCUGUUAGUUGUGGGGCGAAACAUGUCCAAGGACUGCUCGCUGCAGUACGGCUUGUGCACUGUGGUCUGGGUGGAAGAGGAUCUGAUGGAGGACCGGUUGAUCGAGUGCUUAGGCAACGGACACGUCAACAAGUACAUGGAUCUACAUCUGAAGACUAAGAAGUGUGUGCAUCACAGCACCAGGGUCAAGGAGCGGUCCAAAUGCAACUCCGACAAAGAAGCUGUGUCAGCAGUUUGUGUCAAGUUCCAUCCCGUCCACAGGAACCUCUACAUGAUGGGCAGUAGCUCAGGCACAGUCUACAAGUGCGAUCUACAGAACACGCAGAGUUAUCUGGAGAAGUUUGAUGCGCACAUGGGGCCCAUAUACUCCAUCGAGUACAACCCUGUAUCCCCCGUCAUUUUCCUGACAAGCGGCGCCGAUUGGUGCAUACGAAUCUGGGCCGAGAAACUUGCAAAGCCUCUGAUGGUUCUCACCAGUGGCAUGUCCCGGAUAACAUACGCCGACUGGCAUCCGCAUGUCCCAACCGUCAUCACAAACCUCAACCAGCAGUUGAUCGAGGUUUGGGACAUUUCUAAGAAGCUGAUCAAACCGCAGUUGCAGAUCGUGUGUCCCAAGAAGUGUCUGUUCACUCAGUUUUCGUUCUCGAUGUUUGGCAACAGUGUGUGUGCUGGCGACACUGGGGGCGACUGCCAUGUGUACAUGCUGGACAUUGCCAUCUCCAUCGAGUCGCCGUUCCAGUAUUUGGCGGUCGCCCUCCUCGAAGCGCUGUCUGCCGACUCUGAUCUCAAAGAGGAAGCGAUCAAGGUGAUUCCUCUGUUGAAAACUCACAAGAAAAACCAUGGAAAAACGGUCGGCGUCUGAUGUUAUAUUCACUCAAAAUUCUCUAAUAUUAAUUUAUUUUGAAGCGCUGUCUGCCGACUCUGAUCUCAAAGAGGAAGCGCUCAAAGUAAUUCCUCUGUUGAAAACUCACAAGAAAAACCACGGAAAAACGGUUGGCGUCUCAUGUUAUAUUCACUCAAAAUUCUCUAAUAUUAAUUUAUUUUGUAUUUAUGUUAUUAUAGUGAGUUAUAGUGGAAAAAUAAACGAUCAAAAUAUUUAUAAAAAAAUCUCUAAUAUUAAUUUAUUGUGUAUUCAUAUUAUUAUAGAUAGACAGAUAAUUGCCUUUAUUUAACACACUUUAAUAUAAAUACAGAGUGUUUG